GUAGCGGCCUUCUCCAUCUUCUCCAUCUUUUGUCGCACUCAGGGCUUCUCCAGCAUCUGGAGAGUAUUCGUUCUUUCAAUUCUCUUUGUCAAUGCGGACUAUCCAAGAUAAUGACCUGUUAAUUUUGUCUUUGCCCUGAUUUCUCUGUACACCUCUCGUUCGACCGUCGGCAACCAGCAGAGCGCGACCGCGGUCUUCCCCCCUCCAUCAUGGAAUUCGAGCGUCACGAGUUCAGCUCCGAUCAGCCAAAGCGUCGAAGAAGAAACCAUGCCCGGAAUCGGCUACGCAACAGAGCGCCUAUUUCUGCACGUCUUUCACUCGAUCAUCACUUGCGCGGAAGCGUCGGUGUCGUCUCGGACGAUCUAGCCAACGACCUCUUUCAGCCCUCAGACCCGACUGAGGACUUUAGAGAUGACUCUGGCAUUCGCUAUAUCGCAAUCUCUCCAUAUCUCCCUGGGCCGAGUUCUGUGGAGGCAUUGGCAUGGACUAUUGUGCCUGUCCGUCCGCAAUCGGCUGGGCGCUCGAAUGAAUCCCCGCUUCCCAAUUCAACGAUUAUAUUUCCCGACUCCGCCGACUCUUUGCAGCCCUUUGUCCGCGCUGUGAGCAAGAUAGACCCUACGCGUCACACCCCGCAGGCGCUACGCUUGAUCGAGAUCCGAGUUUUGGAUGUAGUCCCCUUGCCUCUGGACACCGUGUACGUGACAGUUGAGCGAGACCUUCUUCGCAAUCAUGAUGAUGUUCAAAGUAGAUUCGGCGGCGGGUUUACCUCGCCAACACAUGGGCCGAAUGGUCUAUGGGCAAAGUCCGGCAAGGGGCCGGAGCCAAAAAGAUACUCUAAAAAGGCAGCUGCCGAGGUAGAAGGUAGACUUACAGCUGCAGUGCGCGAAGCGUUGGGAACGCAGAGGGUAGUACAUACCGGUGACUCGCUCCCACUUCCAUUACCGCCGCACCCAAUCACCUACGUCCCAGCUCCUCCAGCCCUCAUCUCGUUUUGCGAGCCGGUAUCUCAGGGCCUACUGCUCCCGAGUACCAAGAUUGUACUUAUUCAAGCGCGACCUCACGGAAACCGACCUCAACGAGCUUCACGAUCUGCGUCUGGGCUGCUCAAACAAGUCGCAGAGGAUGAGGCAGACGACACAUCGAACGAACAGUUCUAUUCCGCCGCGGAGGACAAGCCGGUGGAUGACAACACCGAAAUGGAAAGUACAUCCAAUGCGGAAGAGUCAGAGACAGAAGGCUCUGUUGGCAAUUUGAGCGAUACAUCGGACGACUCACUGGACGACAUGAUCUCCCUCAGUGCGCCCGAGCUUCCCCAGCCAGCUUCUGGGGUGAUGUCCGGGAUGACCUCGGCCACCCCUCGGGGACGGCGAAUGGAUGGUAUUAUGUCUCCCGGCUCGGUGAUUUCAAAUCUUACUUCUUCGACUAUACGCCCUGGACGCCAAGGUGGCGGGAAGGUCUUCAAGGCCGAGGGCUUGCUGCGCAGCAUCCCGAGCGAGCUUCUCUACCCCAAACCAAGAGACGAUGAGGAUGUAGAAGCCGUGAUAUUCGUGGACAUUAGCACACUGGCGAAGAUUGGCUGCUUCUCAGGGGACUGGGUACGCAUAGAAGCAUCCGAGGAGCCGCAGGCGAAUAUGUUUGCCUCGAUCAAGCUUGGAAGCUUUCAUGAGCAGCAAGAUGGUGACUGGCGUGCGGCCAAAAUCUACGGUCUUCCUGGCCUUCCUUCCGCGAAACCUCGUUAUUCAAUCAAGCAGUCCGGUGAUAGGCGUUCAAGCAUCUCUCAACGCCCUGGACUGCGUCUUACGCCUUCUGUCUUCGUGCCACCGCUUCUUCUGAAUAACCUCGAUAACCCGAAAUACCUCCGUAUCUCACCGAUGAAUUUCGGCAUCGGAAUCGGAGGCUCCAAGUCUGGUCUGUUGAAUCAGAUGAAAUCGGCCGUUCGAACUCCACCUCUGGCCAAGGAGGUGACUUUGCUAAAGGUUAGCACACCACUGUCGAUGGACCGUGUCCUGCAACCCGCUCUGUUUGCUGGGUUGAAGCAAUAUUUCGAGAGUAGACGGCGUCUCCUGAAGAGUGGAGAUUUGAUAGGAAUCAGCAUCGAUGAAACUCUCGGCAGGGCUGUGUUUUCAGGACCUGGCGCCAAUGAGGCCGGUCAGGAUGAUGACAUAACCACCAAGCUGGGAUCGACUGCAGAAUCAGAUCGCGCUGGGCCAAAGAAGGUUGGCGUCGCUUGGUUCCGUGUCGGCCAGGUCGUUCCUACUCUACCAGAUGAUCAGGAUGAGCUCGAUGACUUUGACUGGGGUGGCGUCGCCGUUAUCGAUUCGGCGACUACAAGAAUGGUACAAGCUGGAAGCGACGUUAGCCUUGUCCCGGGUACGUUAAAUAACGGUUGGGAAUACUGGCUCGGAGUCAAAUCUAUCCCCAAGCCCGUUGUCGAAGCGCAGACAAUACAUGGUGUCGUGACCGAGCUACCACAACCGUUCAUUUCUCCGGUCCAGCAACGCGUGCGAGACCUGAUGGCGGUGGCCACAAGUGCUCGCGCCAUUCAGCUUGGUAUGAAACCUGUGGUUAUCCUUUUGAGGUCGCAGCAGCGGCACAUCGGAAAGGCUAGCCUUGCGACGCGAGCUUGCGCGGAUAUCGGUCUCCAUACUUUCCCAAUAGACGCCUAUGACAUCCUCACCGAGGGUGGUGCGAACGGUGGCGACGUCAAGACGGAGGCGUACUUAAAGGCGAGAGUCGAGCGUGCGUUUCAUUGCGGCGCAGACUGCACUGCUCUUUUGAUCAAGCACAUUGAAGUCCUCACCGCGGACCGUAUUGUUUCUGCCAUGGCAGACGUCCUGGCGGAAGCCAGGGUUAUCAUCGCUACGACUACAGAUGUGGAAGAGAUCCCCGAGGGUAUCCGAAGUAUGUUUACACAUGAAUUCGAGAUUACCGCUCCGGAAGAGAAAGAGCGUGAAGGGAUACUUCGCAAUGCCGUCUCUGAGCGCAGCAUCAAACUUGCGCCUGAUGUUGAACUUGGCACAGUUGCACUCAAAACGGCUGCUCUCGUAGCUGGGGACUUGGUGGACGUCGUUGAGCGAGCGUCGGUUGCAAGGGCUGCGCGAGUGGAAAAGCUGGCUGAGACGGCUGGCAAACAAGCCGGCUCGAAAGUUACUGUUCGAGAUGUUCUUCUCGCUGGGGGAGAGGCAGUGCGAGGUGUGACCAAAGCGGACUUUGACACAGCUGUCGACGCUGCAAGGAAGAAUUUUGCGGAUUCCAUUGGUGCUCCUAAGAUUCCGAACGUCAGCUGGGAAGACGUUGGUGGACUUACAAACGUCAAGGACGCUCUCGUCGAAACGAUCCAGCUGCCGCUGGAGCGACCAGAACUGUUCGCCAAGGGCAUGAAAAAGCGCAGUGGUAUCUUGUUCUACGGUCCGCCGGGUACCGGAAAGACUCUCCUGGCCAAGGCUAUUGCUACCGAAUUUUCUUUGAACUUCUUCUCCGUCAAAGGACCAGAACUGCUCAACAUGUACAUCGGUGAGUCGGAAGCGAAUGUCCGACGGGUUUUCCAGCGUGCCCGCGAUGCCCGACCCUGCGUCGUGUUCUUCGACGAACUCGAUUCCGUUGCGCCCAAGCGAGGUAACCAAGGAGACAGUGGUGGUGUAAUGGACCGAAUUGUCAGUCAGCUUCUUGCUGAACUUGAUGGUAUGAACGGAGGGGAGGAAAACAGCGGUGGUGUAUUUGUCAUUGGUGCCACCAACAGACCGGAUUUACUCGACACUGCGCUUCUCCGUCCUGGUCGUUUUGACAAGAUGCUUUACCUUGGUGUCUCUGACACUCAUGAUAAGCAGGCCACUAUCCUGGAGGCCUUGACGCGAAAAUUUGCCCUCGGCCCAGAUGUUUCACUUGGCCGAGUCUCUGAGCGCCUGCCUCUUACCUAUACCGGUGCCGAUCUCUAUGCGUUAUGCUCUGAUGCGAUGCUCAAGGCCAUCACGCGCAAGGCGACGGCAGUGGAUGAGAAAAUCAAACAACUUCCGGGCGGCCCUGUCAGCACUGCGUACUUUUUCGACCAUCUUGCCACGCCCGAGGAUGUUGCUGUGUUGGUCACUGAGGAGGAUUUUGUCGCGGCCCAGGGAGAGCUUGUUCCUAGCGUUAGCGCGAAAGAACUCGAACACUUCGAGCGGAUCCGACGCAUGUUCGAAUCCACGGACAAGCAAAAGCAGGAGCCCGGGGCCGAGGGCGCAUCUCCGCAGACCAUUGGAGACGCAAUUGAGGCUCUAAAGCUUGGCCAUGAUCUCGACGGCAACAUUGGUGGGCCUGUCACAAACGGCGAUAAGGGGAAAGGCAAAGCCGUUAACAGCAAGGGCAAAGGGAAGGGAAGCGCCAACUCGAGUGUGAAGUGGAAGAACAAGUCUAUAUCGAUUGCGAACGGCGACUCUGACUCUUCACUUGAUGGACCUCUGCCGGAUGGGGCCAAUGGCAACGGCAAUGAUGACUACAUCAUCCGGACCGAUCAUUUGGCGCAGCCAGAUAACUCGGAUUAGAUGCAUUUGGUGUGGAGAGAGUAAGCCCAGGAGGCUUUCGUUGUAAAUAUGUAUUCUCCUUUACGCUUUUUAUUCCUGUCGUAUACUAUAGCAUAGCUUCGCUACUACUACUACUACUACCCAACACAUUGCACGCAUUGCAUUCUGAGAUUCUGUAUCUAUGCACAAAGUAUGUCCACCGACUAUGUCGACAAUACACGUACCUCAGUUGCCCUCAUAUCAGGAAUUCCACAGAUAUUAGUGGAGUUAACUAACGAGUUGGAUCCAUCCUUAUCUCAGCUUCCCCAGAGACCAGAAUACCAGUGAUCAAAGACAGUUGUCAAGAAUAAUACCCGUUGGUCAUUCACCACUGUUGCCGAUCUUUAUCAUUCUACUCCGUACCAUAUCGCAAUCCACCUCGUCAUCCGUUGCAACCUCAGUGGAGAAGCCAACCCAAUCAAACCUCUUCGCAUGCCCCUUCUCCAACAGGAAAAGACCUCCCCUCCACCAGCAACGCCUGCGCCCGACGGUCCCAGGAACAGCACCGGCGAUCUGCCCGAUAACUGGCCCAUUCCUCCUUUUUCUCGGUGUCCAGAGCGAAUCAUUGACUGAAGGGAUCCAGUGAAUGAAGCUUGGCUGAUCAGUUUCCACUGAUUGCGACAUGGAUGCAUGGAAUGCAGUCGCCACCAAGGCUUAUCGCUUCGCCAACCUCCUCCUCGUCGUCCGGUUCCGGUUGACGGAGGAGGAGCGAGCUUCCCCGCGUUGUCGCCGUGGUGGAUCUCUCCAG